CCUUAAUCACAUCUACUUUAGCACCUACAAACCAACUCACAAUUCAACCAAAUAUAAUUAAACAAAAACACAUUGUAUUGAUAGUAAAAUGGAUCAAUGAGAUAAGUAAUUUAAAUCAAAAUACUUUUUAUACGUUCAAUUUACUGCAACGCACUUCAAGGCAUGGUUCGAGCUCCAAACAAUUUCAUAAACGGUGUGAUAAUAAAGGCCCAACAUUAGUAAUUAUACAGGUCAAUGAUAUUGGAGAAAUUCUAGUGGAUAUACUCCAAUUGAUUAUUAGUGAAGUUAUUGAUAAAGAGCAUACAAUUAAUCAAAAUAAAUACAUAUGUCCAUCUUUUGGAAUAAAUGAUUUAAAGAUUUGUAGUAAAUCAAAAGAAAAUGAAAAAAGCAGAUGUAGAAUGAAGAGCUAUGAAAGACAGAUUCAGGAAAGCAAAGAAUUUUUUUCUGUAGAUGAUUAUGAG